AGCUCUGCCUCCUUUUCCUCGUUUCCUGGCCGGCUCUCUGGCCGGUUUGACUGCUGUCAUGCUAACCUACCCACUGGACAUGGUGCGAGCCAGGAUGGCUGUCACUGCCAGAGAAAUGUACAGCAACAUCAUGCACGUGUUUGUGCGCAUCAGCCAGGAGGAAGGUGUGAGGACACUGUACAGAGGCUUCUCCCCCACAAUCCUGGGUGUCAUUCCAUAUGCAGGCAUCACAUUUUUCACAUACGAGACCCUCAAAAAGCUGCAUGCAGAAAAAACAAAGCGAUCCCAGCCAUAUCCGUACGAGCGCCUGGCCUUCGGUGCCUGUUCAGGCCUGAUUGGACAGUCUGCCUCGUACCCUCUGGAUGUGGUGCGGCGGCGCAUGCAGACAGCCGGCGUGACGGGGUCGUCCUACCUCACCAUUCUCGGGACAAUGCGUGAGAUUGUACAGCAGGAAGGAAUCAGACGGGGACUGUACAAAGGCCUGAGCAUGAACUGGCUCAAAGGUCCCAUGGCAGUGGGGAUCAGCUUCACCACGUUCGACAUCACACACGGCUUUCUGCUGAAGCUGCAUCAAAUGGGCUACUUCAUUCACUGAACGGUGUGGCAGCUGGAGAGCUUUGACAGAGGAGGAACAUUCAGAGGAUCAAGUCUGUCUUGACUGGGUGACGAGUCCCUGCUCCGUGCUGGACCGACCUGUGGUACACUCCUUCAGAUGGGAGGACGAGAGGACAGGAGAUCUGUUUUGCAUUAAGAUGUGCCUCAUGGCAAACUACAUUAUUCACAGUGAGAGCAUGAGGAUGCAAAAAGUUUAGUGUUAAAAACUGGUGGAAAAUCAUCCAAAUGAUGGAUGACAGAGGACAAACAGCUUUACAUUCAUCAGAGAGAUCCUUAUAGUAAUGCUUGCACUUUAUCAAAUGUUUUUACUAUUUUAACUGUUUUAUUUCUUUCAUCUUUUUUUUUUCCAUUAAAAAAACUAGCAGUUUUGCUUCUGAUUGUUUUACAGGAAAUUACAUGUGAAUAAAAACUGACUAUGCAGAUUUUGAGGUGUAAAAGAACAGUUGGGAGGGCGAGGAUAUCACAGUUGCACUGAAGCGCAGUGAUGUUGUCCAACUUUUAUAAGCAGAUGAACAUACCAUACAAAUAAAUACAUAUACUGUAUAUUACAGAUUUGGCUUCAUUUGUAUAAUAUUGAGAUCAGUUUGUUUUUUUUCUACUGUGCUCACAUUGUUGUACAGACUUUGUUUUGUUUUUAUGAAUCGGUUGGACAGCGUUGUUUGUUUCAGUCAAAAGUUUUAUGUGUAAGGAGAGAUGCUGUUCGUCUCCUUUAUUUUAAAUGUAAAGUUGGUCCAAAGAUGUUGCAGCAUUACUCAACAAUAAAGGGUUUAUUCUG